UACUGGUGUAUCCGGUCUCGUCGGUGGUAUACUAAUCGAACAUCUAUCAAAAAAUCCCAACUAUGAUAUUUAUGGUAUCGAUAAACAUAUCGGAUUAUCAAUACGCUAUCAAAUUGAAAAUAUACAAACAUCAAAAGAACAACAACCGAUAUUGCCAUCGAAGGAAAAAUUUUAUAUAUGUGAUAUUACUGAUCGAGAUAAACUUUUACAUAUUAUCGUAGAUAAUCAAAUCAAUAUUAUUAUUCAUUUAGCGGCAGUUUUAGAAAUGGAAACGGUUGACGAAAUUAAUCGUGUUAACUGCGAUGGUACUAGAAUUCUAUUUGAUAUAGCAACAAAACAAGAACAUGUUGAACUGAUUAUUUAUGGCAGUUCAAUAAUGGUUAUUUUUGGCUAUUUAGAAAAUGAACCCUAUUCAUUACUAGCAAAAAAUAUUAAACCGUUGCAACCUUUAAAAAAGAUAACAAUCAAUGAUUCACCGAUACCAAGCCGUAGAGACCCAUUGCGUGAAGCAUAUUCCAUCAGUAAAAUAUAUGGCGAAGAAUUAGCCAGACAAUACUCAUUGGCUCCGACAAAUAAAGUUAAAUUUGUCAGUGCCAGACUCGGUACGAUAAAUACAAUAGAUGAUAUGGAAUAUUAUUCGUUUAAUUGGGCGAUCAAGUCAAUAUACUGUAGUUAUCGUGAUUUAUGUCAAUUUAUUGAUAGAGUAUUAGAAAACCAAUCGAGAUUGAAAAAUUUUCAAAUCUAUUUUGUUUUAUCCAAUAAUGAUUAUUGUUGGGUUGAUAUGGACAAUGGUAGAGAAGAUUUGAAUUACAUGCCUCAAGAUGGUGCUAGAUGGAAUUAG